CGCUAUCUGGCAACUGCACAGACAUCAAGGCCUUGAUAUAGAUACCCUCCUUCUUUUCCCUCCGUGACAGUAGACGUCAUCGACUCAUUGCAAGUAGUUCUGCAGCUCUUUUGGGUGAAUCCGAAGCCAGUCGCAGGAAUUAGGUUCUGAGCGGAUGAGAAAUCCCAGACAACGAUGAUUCUCGAAAUCAUUCUCUUCCUCUCCCUCGUUCUCAUCUUUCGUCAUUGGCUCAAGAGACCCAAGGGAUUGCCACCAGGUCCUCUUGGGUACCCGAUUUUCGGCUCGGGCGUGGCUCUUAAUAUGAAAGAAGUCGUGAAUUACCAGAAGAAAUAUGGAGACGUCUUCACGCUGGAUUUCUUUGGGGUGAAAAUUAUCUACAUCUGCGACUACAAACUGAUGAAGGACGCCCUGGGUAGGAUUGAGUUCUCGGAUCGUCCGCAUAUGGAAGGAUUCCAUUUCUUGACCGACGGGAAGGAAGCAGGAGUGAUCUUGAGCAACGGUCGCAGAUGGGUCAAUGCCCGACGGUUCCUCCUGCGGAACCUGAGAGAUUUGGGCAUGGGCAAAUCGAGACUGGACGAAGCCAUCAUCCACGAAGCCCGAUACCUGAUCGAGGACUUCCAGCACUACGCUGGAAAGCCUUCCAAGUUUCCAGAGUCUCUGAAUAUCGCCGUUCUGAACGUCGUCUGGCAAAUGGUUGCGAGUCGAAGGUACGACCUAUACGAUGAGGAGGUCAGCGAGUUCAUGAGGAUCAUCAAAACACUCCAGGACGAAACCUUGGGGUUCCUCAUCCUCGAGUUCUGCCCCAUCUUGAAGAAAAUUCUCCCGAAAUUUGUCCUCAACAAAGUCUUCAGAAUGGAAGUUCUGGAUAAGACUGUGGUUGCUGCGAAGAAGCUGUUUGGGAAAACGAUAGAAGCCAGGAAGGCUGAGCUGGACGUCAACCACGCAGAGAAUGUGAUAGACGAGUACCUCAUUCAGAUGAACGAGAAAACCGAUAUUGCAGAGUUCUUCAGUGAGGUCGACUUGAAUAGGGUCAUCUUUGACCUGUUCGCUGCCGGUUUCGACACGACCUCCAACAUGCUCAGGUGGAUGAUACUCUACGCAGCCAAGUACCCAGAUGUCCAGAAGAGAGUUCAGGAGCAAAUUGACAAAGUGGUUCCGCGUGGGGAGUUUCCUACCAACCGACACAAGUCUCAGUUACCUUUGGUGGAAGCCUUCAUCCACGAGGUCCUUCGAGUGAGCUCCCUCAUACCCUUCGGCGUCCUUCACGCCACUGGUGCGGAUACUCACCUAGCAGGAUACCUCGUGCCAAAGGGCGCGAUUGUCUUCAAUAUGACAGGAAUUUCCCAUCAGGAUCCACGGUAUUGGGAGAGUCCCCAGGAGUUUAAGAUCGAAAGGUUCCUGGACGAGGAUGGAAAAUUCAUUUCCCACAAGGAAGGAUUCGCUCCGUUUUUGAUAGGAAAAAGAAGCUGUUUGGGAGAAUCUCUGGCCAGGAUGGAACUGAGCAUCUUCUCAGCGGCGCUGUUCCAGAACUUCACUUUCUCGCCGCCAGAGGGACAUGAGGUCGACCUCACCUCUCAGAACGUUCCCUUGUCGAAUUUUGCGAAGGAACAGGACAUUCUCAUAUCCCUCAGGAAUUGAUAUUGCUUGAUUGAUUGAUUAUGUAUCUAUGCAUGUCUGCGUGUACGUUCGUGUGUAUGUGAUUGUGCAAGCUCAUAUUGUUUUAUCGAAUUUAUAGCUAUUGUUAUCUAAGACUUUUCUUUUAAUGUAAUAUUGCAUUGUACUCGAAGUUUUUAAAUAAAGUUGUUGGGACAUUAAAA